AUGAGGCGCGGACCAAAGACCCCAUACCCCAACCUCCACCACCCCCUCCUCCCCCGCCCCCUUCUCCCCCUCCCUCGCUUCCCGCUCCCCCACCUCCCCCGCCCCCUCCUCCCCGUCCCCCGCCCCCCCCCCUCCCCCGCCCCCCCCCUCCCCCGCCCCCCCCCUCCUCCUGCCCACCCACCCCCCGCCCCGCCCGCACCACCCCCCGCCCCGCCCGCACCACCCCCCGCCUCCCUCGCCUACCCCUCCCCACCUCCCCCUCCUUCCCCUCCCCUUCCUCCCCCUCCUCCCCCUCCCCCUCCCCCUCCUCCCCCUCCCCCUCCUCCUCCCCCUCCCUCCCCCCCCUCCUCCUCCCCCUCCCUCCCCCCCCUCCUCCUCCCCCCCCCCUCCCUUCUCUCUCCCUUCGCUGCUUGA